GGCUAAAUGAGUGACCUUGAGUUUACUUCAAGUCUUCUAGAGGAUGAAGAAGAACAAGAUUCAACUUAUGAUCGUGGAAAGAAGCGAAUGUUUUCUCGUGAAAUACGUUCAAUGUUGUAUGCUUUUGGAGAUGAUGAAAAUCCAUUACCUGAAACUGUUUCCUUAGUUGAAGAUAUAGCAGUUCGACAUAUUAUAGAAAUGGCUAAAAAGGCAUUAAAAAUUGGUAAACCAGGAAAAAUCUCUGUUGAAGAUGUUACUUAUCUCGUUCGACGUGAUCCUAAGAAAUUUUCUCGAGUGAAAGAGCUGCUCUUGCUCAGUGAAGAGCUCCGACGUGCACGCAAAGCAUUUGAAGAAGAUGAGUUUGAUGUGCUUAAAUAAUUACUUUUCUCACCCGCGUACUACCGUGUUUUUUAUUUGUAAAUAAAUCUUGCACAACCAAUAACUUAUUAAAUUUCUUUUUCUUUUAUGUGAAACUUCUGCUAACACACCCAGUUCCGCAACUUUUUAAAAGUCAGUAAUAAUAGUUACUCUUUAAAAAUUUCUGUCCAAUACAGAUUUAG